UCGCCCAGGGUCGCGUCAACACGCAGCCUCCGCCCGCCUGGCAGCCCCGUCCAGUCCCCGUCCCGUCCCCGUCCUGCGCCAGCGGCUGGAGCGGACCUCCCGUCGGCGGUGCCUGGGCCUGGGCGCGGCUCUGCAGGCGUCGCUGCCCGCGCUGCCGCAGCCUCUCGGCCCCGGCGAGCGAGGAGCGGGGCGCGGCUAUGGGAACUCGCGGGCCCUCCACGCUGGUGGACACCACGCCCGCCAAGACCAUCGUGGUGUACCGCAACGGGGACCCGUUCUACGUGGGCAAGAAGUUCGUGCUGUCGCGGAGCCGCGCGGCCACCUUCGAGGCGCUGCUGGAGCAGCUCACGGAGCAGGUGGACGUCCCGUUCGGCGUGCGCCGCCUCUUCACGCCCACGCGUGGGCACCGGGUGCUGGGGCUGGACGCGCUGCAGGCGGGCGGCAAGUACGUGGCGGCGGGCCGCGAGCGCUUCAAGGAGCUCGAUUAUAUUCAUAUAGUUCCCCGAAAACCUGCAAAGAUAAGGAAGUUGAAGGAAAUCAAACCGGUGGUGCAUUGUGAUAUAAAUGUGCCUUCCAAGUGGCAAACAUAUCAUCGUAUAUCUCGACAUAUAAAUGUUUUUACAAAUGGAAGAUUAUUUAUUCCACCUGCAAAAAUCAUUAUACCCAAAUUUAGUCUGUCCGAUUGGGACAUCGUGCUGGCCACGAUCGGAGAAAAAGUCUUCCCUCUAGGAGGCGUUCGGAAAUUAUUUACAAUGAAUGGGCAUCUUUUGGGUGACUCAAAGGAUUUGCAAGACAAUCACUUUUAUGUUGCUGUGGGACUGGAGACCUUCAAACAUUUUCCUUACUGGAAGUCUCCAAGGGUGCCCAGUGAGGUCCAACAAAGGUAUGCGAAUGUUGAAAAAAACUCACAGAGAAAGAAAAAAGUGGACUCCAAAGGAAAAGAACCUUGUAAAUAUGAUGGCAUACCCCCUAAAACACAGGAUUCUGUUUAUUAUGCCAAAGAAGAAAAGAAGAAAACAUUGGCAGAACCUUUAGUCCAAAGGGGUACAGAAGGUGACGUGUAUAAAGCACCGACUCCUAGCAAGGAAACCCAAGGGGCGUUGGACGUCAAAGAGGAGCACAACGUGCAGCUGGAGGUGCCUGUGGACCAGAGACAAGCUGAGAUAGUUAAAGAAGAUGAAGAGAUACAUGAGAACACCCCUGAUUUUGAGGGCAACAAGGAUAAAGAAGAUGCAAGGCUUUGUGAAGACGUUGAAAGAAAGAUGGCCCGGGAGUAGAAACCUGUAGAUUAACAAAACCACCUUUAUUAUUACCUGAAGUCCACUUUUCUUCAACCAUGGGGCUUCCAUGUCACAUAUGGACAUUUUAACAGCAAGAAAAUCACAUGUGGGGUGAAACUAAAGCCCCACACAGUGGUGUCUUCUCGAAAGCCAAAGACGAGGUUUCAUAAUUGAGCUCCAUGUUCUUCUUAUUCCCUUUCUCGGUGAUAUUUCUUUUUAGUAAACAUUUUAAAGAAUG